CCGGCACACCUAUCUCGACAAACUAACCGACACAGCGUCAACAAAAAUGGGUGAGUCUUAUCAUUUUUUCUCCUGUCCAAUAUCCCUUCGUGAAUCGGCUAUACUGUGCUUUCUCCCUUGAACGUUGAACGACUUCUCUCCGGCGAAUAACAACUUCUACGACAUUGGAAUCAUGAGAUGCGCGACCAUUUAAAAGAAAGGAUUUCGACAGGAGUGUGUGGUGUUAGGCGAAGGAAUUUUGGUGGUUGAGAGGAAAAGUUUUGGUCGCAUCUUGUUCAGUUUUUUUCGGCAUGAAUCGAUAAAAUAACCCUUUCGACUUGAUCCAACGGAGGCCAGCCGCUAAACACAGCCGAUUCACUGAGGAUAAGACGCAACAGUUUCGGAGGAAAUGGCUGACUGGAAUAUCACAGGGCGUCUCACCGAGUACCAGGUCAUUGGGCGUCAUCUGCCCACCGAGGCGAACCCCACGCCCAAGCUGUACCGCAUGCGCAUCUUUGCGCCUAAUACCGUCGUUGCCAAGUCGCGGUUCUGGUAUUUCCUCACCCAGCUCCGCAAGGUCAAGAAGGCCAACGGUGAGAUCGUCAGCAUCAACGUGAUCCACGAGAAGCGCCCCCUUAAGGUCAAGAACUUCGGUAUCUGGCUUCGCUACGACUCUCGCUCCGGCACGCACAACAUGUACAAGGAGUUCCGUGAGAUGAGCCGCACCGAUGCUGUUGAGGCUCUCUACCAGGACAUGGCUGCUCGUCACCGUGCCCGCUUCGGCUCCAUCCACAGUGCCCGCCAAUACUCCACCGAAGCCCCCAAGAGCAAGUCCCUCGCCCCUGUCUAUGCCGCUGUCGGUGCAACAGGUCUCGGUAUUGGACUGUACCGCUACUACUCUAGUGGUGCUACGACUGCAGAGGCCCCCAAGGAUCGCCCUAAGGUUUUCACCGGCGGGGACCAGGGAUGGAUUGACCUGAAGUUGUUGGACAGUGAGACGCUGAGCCACAACACCAAGAGACUGCGUUUCGAGUUCCCGGAUAAGGAAGCCGUUUCUGGUCUUGAAGUUGCCUCUGUCCUCUUAACCAAGUUCACCCCCGCCGAAGGCGAGAAGGCGGUCAUUCGCCCUUACACCCCCACAAGUGAUGAAGAGCAACCUGGUUAUCUUGAGCUGGUCGUCAAGCGUUACCCCAACGGACCCAUGUCUGAGCACAUACACAGCCUGAACCCAGCCCAGCCCCUGUCUUUCAAGGGACCGUUCCCCAAGUACCCUUGGGAAGCCAACAAGCACGAGCAUAUCUGCUUGAUUGCCGGUGGUACUGGAAUCGCGCCCAUGUGGCAGCUGGCGCGCCAAAUCUUCAAGAACCCCGAGGAUAAAACCAAAGUCACUCUCGUUUUCGGAAAUGUCACCGAGGAGGAUAUCCUUUUGAAGAAGGAACUGGAUGAACUUGAGAACACGUACCCCCGCCGCUUCAAGGCCUUCUACGUCCUGGACAACCCUCCCAAGGAGUGGACCGGUGGUAAGGGCUUCAUCACCAAGGAACUCCUGAAGACUGUUCUUCCCGAGCCCAAGGAGGAGAACAUCAAGAUCUUCGUCUGCGGCCCUCCCGGCAUGUACAAGGCCAUUAGCGGAUCCAAGAAGAGCCUCAAGGACCAGGGUGAGCUUUCUGGCAUCCUGAAGGACUUGGGGUACAGCGCGGAGCAGGUGUUCAAGUUCUAAAACCCGGUUGCUUAAGAUAUGAGAAUUCCCGAGCAGUUGGGUUUAUACGCAUCUUCUAGAGAAUCUUGUUUGUGCUUGCUUGGUUGGUUUUAUACCUCAGCUGUAUAUCCAAUUUUAGAAUAGUUCCCGGAGAUAGACGUUUUUAUUUCUUCUGGGAUUGAUAGACAAUCAGAUGGUGUAUUUCUAUGCUCAAUAUAUAUGGUAG